CGUGCAAGACCUUUGACUGUUUUGUUUGAUGGACCUUUUAUUGCCCUGCUUAUGUACUCGGUGUGCUUAUCUCGGUUCGAUCCUAGCGAUAUAAUCCGAAUCGGACCGAUCGGGGAACAAUAAAUAGCGCGCGAAACAUUCAACCGGACAUCAGUUGUCUAAAGUUUGCGGUCUCCUCAAUACACACAGUACUCAGGAUGAAGUUUGCGGGUGCGUUCGCUCUUCUCGGCUUGCUGGCCGUUUGCAGUUUGGCAAGUUCGAAAUCGAUCGAUUUCGAUUUUACGCGAGUAAAGUCGAUCGAAGAGUAUGAUCGUUACUGGCGACGUUUACCGGCCGAGCUGCAGUAUCUGCGUACCGCCGGUGAUCCUCUGCGCCGUAUCACGAACGGUCAGCUAGCUGCGACGGCUCAGUUCCCGUACCAGGCCGUAGUGUACAGUGAGGCCGGCGACGGUUACUAUAGCUUGUGCGGUGGAACUAUUCUCACGAGAAAUUACAUCCUGACGGCGGCCCACUGUGUUACGAACGAUUUCGACCAGGCGGUGACGGGCGGCAUUGUCUUCCUCGGUGCCACAGAUCGUAACGUCUUUCAGUCAACCCAGCAGCGCAUGUCGUUUGUUACUGCUGGCAUCCGCGUCCAUUCGCAGUACGAUUCGACUAGCAUCCGUAACGAUAUCGCUACCAUCCGGUUGGAUACACCGGCCGUCUUCAACACCUACGUGCAGCCGAUCGAUCUUCCGGCACUGUCCGACACGCGUCAGUUUGGUGGUGUACAAGGAACGGCUUCCGGUUUCGGUCGUACCUCGGAUGCGUCGGAUCCCUCUACGGUGCUGAUGUUUGUGCGCAAUCCGGUCAUGACCAAUGCACAGUGCAAUCAGUACUGGAGCACUACCGUUGUACAGGCGCAGAACGUUUGCUUCGACCCGACCGGUGGACGUUCGGCAUGCCAUGGCGAUUCUGGUGGUCCACUUACGGUGCAGGAUGCGGGCCGCAGCCUGCAAAUUGGUAUCGCAUCGUUUGUUUCGGCCAAUGGCUGUACAUCCGGCGCUCCUUCCGUGUGGGUGCGCGUUUCCUACUUCCGUGAUUGGAUCCGCCUGAACUCGGACUAUGUAUUCCGUGCUUAGAUUUGCUUAAACAUGAAUUGCGGUAGUGGUUUGUUGAACUUGAAUGAUGAAUAAUAUAUA